ACGAGAGCUUUUGUUUAUUACCUGGUUGCUAAAGGGGGUUGCUAACGAGUAACAAAGAAGCCAAGAUGGCGGACAGAAGAAAAAAGUUCACCGCAGUGUUAUACUGAACGUUUUCUUUUGUUUUACACGACUGACAGACACAAGUUUAAGAUGGCAGAACGUUUGAACUCCAUCCACAUGAGCUACCCUCCGCCAGCGACGGGUCAGCGUUCCGUCCAACGGUCUAUGAUCAACGGGACAGCAAACGGAGUAGGGUUUCCUGUUAGAGCCAUGGACCCUUCCCAGUUGAAAGCCCGACUCGUGUCCAUGGCACCACAACAGGCUCCAAUCAACACGAACGCUCUCCGAAUGAGGGGACCAACCAAAGCACAGAUGAAUACCAGAGCCCAGCCCGUUGCACCCAAGCUCGAACCUUUGCCCAUGCUGCAGGCACACCAGGAACGGAACCAGCCAGCGUACAUUCACCAAGUAGCGCGACAGUCCUUACUCGCUCAGGGGAAGAUCGUUCCUUCUCCCGUAGCCAAUGGCAAGGCUCGUCCCACAUCGUCAGGCAAGAGGCGUAAGCUUCACACAGUGGAUCCGUUAGAGCCUCCGCCCACGACGACCUCUCCACUGCCUGACCUGCCUGAUCACCUACAGCACAAACAGGCUGCCAUGAAUGGUGCUGCAAAUGGCGAGGUUCCACCAACCAUCUCCCCCACACCACCGAAAGAGCCCCGCCCAUCCAGCGCUGGCCGUCGUCUGCACACCAGGGGGGCAACCAUUGCUUCCCCCAAGGUCCAGGAUAUCACCGAUCUGGUGGAGUCUGGUUUCAGAGAUAUCCCACAGAUUGUCCAGCUUGUCCGACAGAAACCAGGCAUCGGCUUCCUGUACAUGACGCCGGCUGUGGCACACUCCUCCAUCGAGUACAACCCGUACAACCUCAAGAUUGUCAGCCACGAGAACAUCGACCGUAACGACUACUCCACGAUCAGUCAGAAAGGCGUGACACACGUUCAGGGAGGGGAGGCAGAGUUCACUGACCUCGACCGCUGGGAACAGGAGCACGGGUACUACCAACAGCUCAUCAAGAUCCCCGUGUUCUACCUCUUCCGCAAAUGGAAGGCCUUCACAACAUGGAGGAAAAACGUUCGCCACAAGAAAAUCAUGCAGUGCCGCAAGAGGCUCAAUGAAAACCUCUUCAUUGUCAAUGCGUCGUUACGCCCAGCACUGCUGAAUGUGCGAGAGAUGUGCUACAGGAUCAGUGACAUGGGUCUGUGUAAGGUGGAGAAGGGUCGCACCUACACACUAGAGGACUUCCGCCAGGCGCAGAUUACACAGCUUAAUGAGGUUGCUGGCCGACUGUCAGAGUUCAGAGAUCUCGUGAAGGAAGUUGUGCGUAGCGCUUGCAGAACAGCACUGUUGGAGGCCGGCUUCACACCGGAUGACUACUUCUACGACACUGACACGCCAGGGGGAUACCCAGAGGAUGGAGGCCUGGCCCCAGGGACAGCCAUGUCCAGCAUGCUGCUUCAGAGUGACAUGGACAUCUACGGUGAUGCUCCAGAUAAGAUGACUUACACAGAACAGGCCAACAAGAGAAGUCACUGCAGACGGCUGACAUGUUUUAUCCGGCUGGCUGACUACCUGGUGGUGAACACCAUGCACGUCCUGGCAGUCAACUCUGUCUCCACACUACUGAACUACCUGACAGAACAGCUACAGAACACGCCCACACAGGCCAUCAUACAGGGAUGGGUCGACGACAUCCGACAGGAGCCGCGCGAUGAAGAGGAGGAUGAGGUUGAGAUUGACAAGAAGACUGAGACCCAGACUGUAGUGAGUGGAGUACUGGGAGAGGAGACUGAGGCUGUUCUCCCUCCCCUGUUUGUGACAGAGUUCCAGCUCAACACGACUCACAUCGACUUCCAACCUGACCUCAGCGACUUUCAGGAGGGGCAGGGAGAGGUGAUUCGGAGGUUCCAGGAUGCAGUAUUGUCCGUUGCCAACCUCGUGCCAGAUUCAUACUUUGAUGCUUUCACCAGGCCCAUCAUAAACAACAAGUUUGAGGAGAAAACCUGUGGGGAGGGGCCUAGCCUGGCCACCAUGUUUGAGGACGACAAACACUUACAGGGAAUCAUCCACAACAUCAGGGAAUCCGUCAGUGCAGCAUUUGCUGCAUGCAGUCAGUAUGCAGAGGCUCUGGAACCAUUCAGGCUCUUCUUCCAGGAGAAUGAAGCUCUGGACCUCACAGCCAUCAAAGAGCAAGACCAUGAUGUAGCAUUCUUUGCGGAGUCCCUGCAGCGUUACCACCGCCAACAUCGCGAGGCAGUCGCCAUAGCCGUACAGCAGGCCCUGGGUAUGCUGAUGGUGGACGCCAAAAAACUCAAGAGCGACCUGAUCCCGUCUCCACUCCGCUGCUUGGACGUGAUCAAUGAACUGCUGCCAGUGUUGUCCAAGAAGAAGAUGGAUGCAGUGAUAGCAGAGUCCCAGGAUGCUCAGUACAAACUGGAGAUUGUUCCCACCACUACUGUGGAGUUUGUGGAGAGCCUCACCUUCCUGGAUGAGAUACAGGACAGGAUUGACGGACUAGAUGAUGAGGCCAGCAUUGUGACAGAGAUGUACAACCUGAUUGAGAAAUACAAGGUGCCGACACCUCCAGAGGACUUUGCUGUAUACCAGACCCUGCGCUCAACGGUUUCAGGAGUACGGAACUGCAUAGACAAAGCUGUGAGCGAGAGGGACGCCAACAUUGACAAGUUCUGUACACACAUGGACAAGGACAUUGUAGAGCUUGGAAAGGAAGUCCGUACAGUCAAGCAGGAGGCACAGGAUCCAAAUAUCCUAGACAUCGGCUCGGACAAGGAGAAGACCAUUGUACGUCUUCAGAACAUGAUGGGACAGAUGGAGGACCUGCAGAAGAGAGCCUUCCAGUACAAGACAUACCAGAAGAACUUCAAGGUUGAAGUGACCAGGUUUGAUGAACUAGAGGAGGCCCAUGCUGAACUGAAACUGAAGCAGCUGCUGUGGGUAUCCAUCGGGGAGUGGGACAAUCUACUCAAAGAGUGGUUUGAGAUGGAAUUUGAGGCCAUUGACCCAGAGAACCUGAACCAAGUGGUGACCAAGUACAGCAAGUCUGUGUACCAGCUGGAGAAGGGCCUGCCACCAAACAGUGUGGUGCCUUUCCUCAAGGAGAAGGUGGAGUCCAUGAGGGAAAAGGUGCCAACCAUCACCAACCUGAGGAACCCUGCCCUGAAGCAGCGCCACUGGGAAAUCAUUGAGACCAUCCUUAACCACAAGUUCACUGCCGAGGACCCCCUGACCUUGGAGAAGCUGGUUGACCUUGAGGCGUUUGACCAUGAGACUGAGCUUGAGGAGGUGUCUGGUCAGGCAUCAGGAGAAGCAGCACUAGAAACCAUGCUGAAAAAGGUGGAAGACUCAUGGAAGACUACAGAGUUCAUUGUCCUGCCACAUCGUGACUCGAAAGACGUGUUCAUCCUGGGUGGGACUGAUGACAUCCAGGUUGUCCUUGACGACAGCAUCGUGAACGUGUCCACCAUUGCCAGCUCACGCCACGUCGGGCCCAUUAAGCCUCGCGUGGACGAGUGGGACAGAAACCUGCGUCUCUUCAGUGACACCUUGGAUGAGUGGAUGACAUGCCAGCGGAACUGGCUGUACCUGGAGUCCAUCUUCAGUGCUCCAGACAUCCAGAGACAGCUUCCAGCUGAAGCUAAGAUGUUCAUGACAGUUGACAAGUCCUGGAAAGAAGUGAUGAGGAAAGUCAACCGCCUGCCCAAUGCACUCCGAGCAGGUACCCAGCCCGGCCUACUGGAGACCUUCAAGAACAACAAUGCCCUGUUAGAACAGAUCCAGAAGUGUCUGGAACAGUAUCUGGAGUCUAAGAGAGUGGUCUUCCCCAGGUUCUACUUCUUGUCCAAUGACGAGUUGUUGGAGAUCCUGGCACAGACAAGAAACCCACACGCUGUCCAGCCUCACCUCAGGAAGUGCUUUGACGCCAUUGCACGUCUGGAGUUUGGAACCCAGGCCGUCUCCCCCGGAGACGGGAAGACCACGCCCACCGGGGACAAGGAAGAUGACGGCCCCAAGACUGUCAGCACCAACGACAUCCUGGCUAUGCUGUCUCCUGAAGGAGAGAGGGUGCCGCUGGGCAAGGGUUUGAAGGCUCGAGGCAACGUUGAGGAGUGGCUGGGUAAGGUUGAGGAAGCCAUGGUGUCGUCACUGCGCAAACUGACCAAGAACUCCAUCAACGACUUUACCACGCGGCCGCGCCACGAGUGGGUCAUCCAUCAUGCUUCUCAGGUUGUCCUGAAUGUGUCCCAGACCAUGUGGUGCCGGGACCUGACAGAAGCACUGACCUGCGAUGGAGACAGACAGAAAGCACUACAGGAACAGGAGGACAAGAACUUUGCGCAACUGAACCGAUUGGCCGAGCUGGUCCGUGGAGAGCUGCCUAAGCUGACCCGGAACAUCUUGGGCGCCCUCAUCACUAUUGAUGUCCACGCUCGUGACAUUGUGACCGACAUGGUGAAGGCAGAGGUUGACAGUGUGAACAGUUUUGACUGGCAGAAGGUGCUGCGCUACUAUUGGGACCUGGACCUGGACAACAGCGUUGUACGCUGUUCCUCCUCCUUUUACAUCUCUGGUCACGAGUACCUCGGUGCUUGUCCGCGUUUGGUCAUCACGCCUCUCACUGACAAAUGUUACCUGUGUCUGAUGGGAGCACUCCAGUUAGACUUGGGCGGGGCUCCAGCAGGCCCUGCAGGGACAGGCAAGACUGAGUCUACCAAGGAUCUCGCCAAGGCUCUGUCCAAGCAGUGUGUUGUCUUCAACUGCUCUGAAGGUCUGGACUUUAAGAUGAUGGGUCGGUUCUUCUCUGGCCUGGCCCAGUCUGGUGCCUGGUGCUGCUUUGAUGAGUUCAACAGAAUUGACAUCGAGGUGUUGUCUGUGAUCGCACAACAGCUGCUGACCAUCAGAAAUGCCAAAACAGCAAAGGUUUCCCGCUUCAUGUUUGAGGGGCGUGAGAUCAAGCUGGACCCGACCUGUGCCGCCUUCAUCACCAUGAACCCCGGCUAUGCAGGCCGUACUGAGCUGCCAGACAACCUGAAGGCUCUCUUCAGGCCCUUCGCCAUGAUGGUGCCCGACUAUGGUCUGAUUGCAGAGGUGAUCCUGUACUCUGAAGGGUUUGAGUCGUCCCGCCCCCUUGCUAAGAAGAUGGUACAGAUGUACAAGCUGUGCUCCGAGCAGCUGUCCCAGCAGGACCAUUAUGACUUCGGGAUGAGAGCUGUCAAGUCUGUCCUGGUCAUGGCAGGGUCCCUAAAGAGAGAGAACCCUGACAAACCCGAGGACGUUGUACUGAUUCGAGCCUUGCGCGACUCAAAUUUGCCAAAAUUCCUGAAAAACGACGCCCAGCUUUUCCAGCUAGUUAUCAGAUUGACAGUGUAA